UCGCUUACACACAAUCAAACGCACGCAUCGAAGAAAUAAUCCCAAAUUGUAAUAAUAAUAAUAAUAAUAAGAGCUCUGUGAUCUGAAGGUCCAGUAACAACAUCCAUGGCGGAAGCAGCCGUCUCAUUCGCGGUGGAGAAGCUGAGCGACAUGGCAAUUCAGAAGGUCACCUUCCUCCUCAACGUCGAGGACCAGCUCACUCGGCUCAAAGACCAGCUCGAGAACAUGCAGUGCUUCCUCAGAGACGCCGCCGAGAAGCAAGCCGCCGCCGCCGACCAGCUCAUCGGAAAGUGGAUCGCCGACAUCAGAGCCGUCGCCCACGACUCCGAAGACUUGAUCGAAAUCUACGCCCUCAAAGUCGCCGCGCCGCGCCGCCGAGGGCUGCGCGGCUGGCUCGCCUGGUUCCCCCGGCACGUGUACAAUCUGGACCGGCUAGGGCACGCCAUCGAAGCCAUCCAGCGGCGGCUCGGAGCCAUCGAAGCCAGCCGGAAGGCGUACGGGAUCGAGAACAUUCUGAAGGAGUUGGGGAAGGGAUCAAUAUCGUCGUCAAAAUCGGAGAGCGUGGAACGACGUCGUAAGGUGAGUCCUUGGGAGACGGAGAGGCACGUGGUGGGGCUGGAGGAGCACGUGCAGAGGCUGCUGGCGGAGGUGGUGUGGGGCGGCGGCGAGGGGCUGCAGGUGGGCGGCGUCGUGGGGAUGGCCGGCGGCGGGAAGUCGACGCUGGCGAGGAUGGUGUACAACCACGCGGCGGUGGCGGAGAGGUACGGGCGGCGGCGGGCGUGGGUGUGCGUCACGCGGGAGUUCAACCCCAAGGAGGUGAUGAAGGCGGUGGUGAUGCAGCUGGUGGAGAAGGAGGAAGACCGCCGGACGGUGGCGGAUGUGAUGGACAAGUCGCCGGAGUCGGAGGUGCAGAGGAUGCUCCAGGAGCGCCUCGCCGGCGGCGGCGGUUACUUUCUGGUGGUUGACGACAUCUGGCGGCAGGAGGAUUGGGACUACUUGGCCAAAGCUUUUCCCGAUCAAGGUACAUCAAGUAGAAUAUUGGUAACAAGUCGUUUUCGCAACAUUCCAAGGGGUGCUCGAUAUAUUCACGAGCAUAAUGGAUUAGACUCCGACAAGAGUUGGGAACUAUUGUUGAAGGUGGCAUUGAUCGACAAGAAUAAAGGCAAGUGCCCGUCGGAAUUAGAGGCUAUAGGAAGACAAAUCCUAGACAAGUGCGAUGGUUUGCCCCUUGCAAUAAGUGUGAUGGGAGGUUUAUUACAAGAGCAACGACAAUUGAAAAGUGGUUGGGAGAAGGUUCUUAAAGGAAUGGAUUCUUAUUUGGGAAGAAGUGACGAUAGUGUAAUGUCUAUUUUGGAUUUGAGUUAUCAUGAUUUGCCUCCGCAACUAAAAUCUUGUUUCUUGUGUCUAAGUUUUUACAAAGAGGAUGCUACCAUCCCGGCGAGAGACUUGAUACAAAUAUGGAUCGCCGAAGGCUUUAUCCCUUCGAAAAAGGGGGGCGAGGAGACAAUGGAGAAUAUUGCAAGGAGUUAUCUGGACGAGUUGAUUAAUCGAAACAUGAUUCAAGUCAAAGAUUUGGGAAAGGAUGGGGUUAGGGUUUUGAACUGUCAAGUUCAUGAUCUUCUGCAUGACUUAUCCAUUAAGAAGGCAAAAGAGGAAAUCAACUUUGAGGCUUUAAAGGAACCAUUUGAUCUUGAAUCAUUCGAUAAACAUCGCCAUUGUGUUGUUCAUUACAACAAUGAAGGGCUCGUGGCCUCCAAGAAAAACCGGCGCCUCCGCUCUCUUUUCUUUUCCGGAUCAAAAUCCGAAGUUAAUCUUGACGGUGUUUCAUCCGAGUUUUGGGAAAGUUUUGAAAUUUUACGGUUGCUUGAUUUGGAAGGCUUUGGCUUGAAAACUUUCCCAAACUCGAUAUGUACAAUGGUUGCGCUAAGGUACUUAAGGUUAAGAAGCAAUAAGUUGGAUAAGCUUCCGGACACAUUAGGUAACCUUAAGAGACUACAACUUCUUGAUGUUUCGGACAAUCACCGGCUGGUGGUGCCGAACAUCAUAUGGCAAUUGGAAAGUUUGCGACAUCUUUUUAUGGAUGGGCAAAUCGUUUGCGAAGAGCCGUUGAGGUUAGACACUUUGAAGAAAUUACAGACCCUAUCCUUCGUUUGGACAAGCAACAUCGUUGUCGAGCACCUCGCGGAACUCACUAGCCUUUGCAAAUUAGGGUUAGGCCUAAAAGAAGGCGUCGAUGCGAACAAGCUCUUCGCUUCGAUGGCUAAGCUAAAGAAUUUUGUCUCUAUCGACGUAACAUUUGCCGAAGGCGCAUUUGCUUCGACCGAUGGGCUCGAGAGUUUGCAACAUCUUAUUAGGCUUAAGAUAAGAUUUCAAGUGCCAAAGAUAUCGAGUUUCGAAAAUCUCUUACAGAAUCUUUCAUACGUGACAUUGAUUCAAACCGAUCUCAACGAAGAUCCGAUGCCGGCUCUCGAGCAAUUGCCAAACUUAGUGUACCUCAAAUUGGAUCAAGCAUUGGACUAUGAAAACAAUGCUAUGGUGAUCUCACCUAAUGGUUUCCCCAAGCUCAAAGAAGUUCAUCUUCUUGAAUUGUACUUUGUCAAAAAACUCAAAAUCGGAGAUGGCGGAUUGCCGGAACUCGAAAGAUUGUACAUCCAUUAUUGUCCGAGGUUGAUGAUCCUCCCAGAAAAGGAAGAGAUGAGAAUGCUGAGGAAUCUGCAAGAAUUGAAGAUGUUGUGGGUAAGCUCAAGAAAUGUUAAAAAGCUUCAAGAUCCCAAAUACAGUCAUGUAUUUUCUAACAUACCUUCUGUAGAGGUUGACUAUAAAUAUGAUCAUUGAGUUUGUUGUUUCUUUUACUGUUAUUCUUAUCUAUGAUGUAAUACAAACAAUGCAUAAAAUGUAUUUUCAAACUUGUUUUUGUUUUAUAUAUAUUUA